CUGAAUGAAAGACAGCACCAUGUUUUUUACUGCUAUUUUGGAUUGGUGUGACUUAAAGAACUGUUUGCUAAUGCUUGGUCUGCUUUUACUCUUUAUCAGAUCACGGAAGAAAGGAAAUUCAGAUUUUCCUCCUGGACCAUGGGUUAUUCCUUUAUUGCAUGAUAUCCUCGUUGGUUUUGGUCAUCACACUAUAGAUAAGAUUGCUCAAAGGUAUGGACAUAUUUUCAGCAUCAGGAGAGGUGGCAUCAAGAUAGUCUAUGUGUCAGGAUUCAAGAUGGCACAUGAAGUCUUGGUUACCCAAGGAGACAACUUCCUUGAUCGCCCUGUGUCUCCUCUCCUUAAUGAGGCCUUCAAAGGCAACGGGAUUUCUGCUAGCAAUGGGUAUAGAUGGAGAAGACAACGGCACUUUUCAGUCAGCCAUAUCUAUCCCUUUGGUGAUGGCAGAAGAGCCCUGGAACUGAACAUUCUGCGGGAGUGUGCACUUCUGACUGAGGCCAUCCAAGAGGAGAUAGGUGUAGCCUUUGAUCCUUAUACCAAGAUCACCAAUGCUGUGACAAAUGUUAUUGGAUUUUUGGUGUUUGGAAAGUGCUUCAACAACAGUUCCGGCGACUUUCAAACACUUCUUAACCUUAGUGCAGAAACUGGUUCACUCGUGCGCACACCCCUUGCUCAGCUUUAUGAUAUUUGUCCAUGGCUCAUGAAGCGAUUCCCAGGACCUCGAGAGACAAUACUGAGCAACUACUCAAAGGUUGCUGCCUUUCUGAGAAAACAAAUCGAGAUUCACAAGAAAGACUGGGAUCCUUUUCAUCACAGAGACUUCAUAGACUCCUACAUAGGAGAGAUAGAUAAGCGAAGGAAAGACAGAGAGGCAGGUUUCCAGGUUGAAAACCUGGUAUACUGCACCUUGGACAUGUUUGAAGCUGGCACUGAAACCAUGACCAGCACACUACGAUGGGCUCUACUCUUCAUGAUGAAGUAUCCAGAAGUGCAGAAGGCAGUCCAAGCUGAGAUCGACAGAGUGGUGGGACAGUCUCGCCAACCCAGCCUGGCAGACAAAGUCAACAUGCCCUAUAUCAACGCAGUUCUCCAUGAGACGCAGCGGGUUGCCAGUAUCCUGCCGUUCAGUACACCCCGCGUGGCACGGCGAGACACAACGCUGGGAGGAUAUCUGAUCCCAGAGGGGACCGUGGUCAUAACCAGUCUGUCCUCAGUGCUGCAUGACAAGUCUAAAUGGAUGACUCCAGACAAGUUUAAUCCAAACCACUUCCUUGACAGCCAGGGAUUAUUUUGGAAAAGAGAGGCCUUCUUUGCUUUUUCUGCAGGGAAGAGGAUGUGUCUGGGAGAGCAGCUGGCCCAGAUGGAGCUGUUCCUGUUCUUCACCUCGCUCCUCCAGAGAUUCACCUUCUCCUCUCCACAUGGGGUAGAGCCCAGUCCUAAGACCCAAGGGAUGACUGUGAUGUCCCCCAAACCCUUCAAAGUCUGGGUGUCAACUCGCUAGUAAUGCUGU